AUGGCAGCAGCGACGGCAGAUGUAUUCCUGAUAACUGAAACAUGGUUAACUUCAAGCAUUCACGAUUCGGAAGUUGUACCAGUCGGUUUUACAAUGUUACGAACGGAUCGCGGAGGUGUGCGGCGAGGCGGCGGAGUGGCCGUCGCGGCUAGUCCACGAUAUCAACUGCAUAGAAUUGACGUGACGUCAUCGCUUGCCGACUCGGGCUGUGAACUCGUUUGCGCGGGACUGUACCACAACAAUAAUUUAUUGUUGGUAGUUCUAUGUGUUUAUAUUCCGCCCAAUGCCAAGGACGAAAUGUAUGAAACAGUUUUUACCGAAAUAGAAAGUGUAUUACCCAAAUAUGACAGGUUUUUAAUAUGUGGUGAUUUUAAUUUGAAUUCUGCAAAUACUAAUAUACGUAUUAGAUUUGAAUAUUUACUGUCAUUCUGCGAUCUUCAGCAAAUAAACUGUGUGUGUAACAGUGCAGGUGGUAUGUUGGAUUUGGUACUGGUGAAUGCAUCGUUGAGUCAGAUCACAGUGCGGAAAGAGGAGGAUUGGUUGGUACCACCUGAUGACUAUCAUCCACCGUUGAGCAUACAGGUAAGUGACAUGUUUGUUCAUAAUAAGUGCGUGGGCUCGAAUGUGGAUUCUGCUGUUUUUACCGGUUGGAACUUCAAAAAAGCAGAUUUCUGCAAUUUAUAUCGUUUUUUUGAGAAUACAUGCUGGGAUUCUAUAUAUGAAAUAUCUGACCCAGAUGAAGCCGUGUCUGUUUUUUAUAAGAUUAUUAAAGAUUGUAUAAAUAAUUGCGUGCCGAUUAAAUUGCGUUUAUCAGAGCCACCUCGAUACAUAUAUCCUGUGUGGUACUCCGAUUGUACUAAACGCAACAUUAAGUUGAAAGCAUAUCAUCAUCGUUGUUAUAAAAAAAAUGGCAAUGUACAUAAUAGGCAAGAAUUUAUGAGGCUUAGGGCAAUGGUGAAAUUGAACAUCAAGGAGGAUUUUCAGAUUUACAAAAACAAAGUCGAAAGUAACUUAAGGCGAGAUCCGUCGACCUUUUGGCGUUAUAUAACGUCCAAACGUCGAGUUAAAAAGUCUGAAGUGAUAUUGUCAGAAGGAAAACCUUUAUCUGAUGAGGAUGGAGCACAAUUGUUUGCUCAAUACUUUCGAUCUGUGUAUGCAAACAAUCCACCUAUUUUGAACGCAGACGAAGCAAUUGCGGUGGCAGGUUCAGAAAGUUUGCGCGUUCAUAUCGACGCCAUUAGUCUCGAUGAUGUGGAGCUGGCAUUCAGACGACUCAAUGCAAAAUGUUCAGCCGGUCCUGACGGCAUUCCUCCUUAUAUCGUAAAAGACUGUAAGUCAGUAUUUUUAAAACCAAUAUGUUAUCUUUUUAACUUGUGUCUCAGUAAAUGUAUUUACCCGGAAGUGUGGAAAAUUUCACGCGUGGUUCCCAUUCCUAAAGGUAAUUCUAAGUCGGAUGUAAGCGAUUUUAGACCAGUGGCAAUAUUGUCUACCUUCGGUAAAUUAUUCGAGAGUAUAUUACAUUUUCUAAUCAGUAAACAACUACAGAACCGACUUACUGACUGCCAACAUGGUUUCCGGCCUGGCCGUUCCACGGCUACCAACUUACUGUCCUUUUGGACAUAUGUCACGGAUGCAGUGGACUGUGGCAGCCAGGUUGACGCAGCAUAUUUCGAUAUAAAAAAAGCAUUCGAUAGUGUAGACAACGACGUUCUUCUUCACAAACUUUCAGCUGCCGGAUUUUCUCCAUUGUUAACUAAAUUUUUCUCCAACUACCUUCGCAAUCGAAGGCAGUUUGUGCAGUAUAAUGGGAGCUACUCUGAGCCAUAUUACACUUAUUCCGGGACGACUUAA